AGAAUUGUCCGUCCAUUACCUUCGUGUCUUCCUAUCAAAAAUUUUCCCCUUUUGCAGGAUAAGGAGGAAUCAGAAAUGCCAGCCCUCAAAAUUUUUUACCCCUCCAGAUUCUUGAAAUCUUAGAACUCUCAAAAACCCUAAACACAGAACAUUCCCCUAAACAAUAAAAAAUAAAAAAAGGCGAACAACAUUGUAAUCCUCGAGAAAAGAUUAUUGUUUGCAGCCUUGAUAAUACUAAAACAUUCAGCUGCUGAGAAGGCUGCAUGAGUAGUCAUCAAGAGCAAAAGCAGAGGUGCUUCAAGGCAGUGUUCUUGGAGACUCAGACUAUCUUCAGGAAUCAAGAAAGAGUGGAACAAUCAUGGGUGUGGUUGUCAUUGCCAAUCCUCAGCCUCAUUUUUCAUGUUCGACUUUCAGCUUCAGUAUUCGCCAAGCUCCUCAUCCGAAGUCGUCUUGUCUUAGAAUACGCCCUGGCUUCUCUUCUCGUCGAUGGUUGAACUGCCCCAGAUUAAUCCCGUCUAGGCUUGAGCAUUUUCAUCCAAAGUGUUCAGCAACAGAAACUGAUGUUUUUAAUCAGCUUGCCGCUGAGGAAGAAAUUUCAGAAGAUCUCACAGCUUCUGAGUCAAACUGUUCUGUUCAAAUUGUCCAUCUCAAAUCUGAUGUCUUGGAGACUGAAGCACUCAAUUUAUUGGCUGAGGGCACUUUUGUAGACACGCUUUUGACAGCAUUGCCUGUUUUGUCAGAGGAAGAGCAGAAUAUCAUAGCUGCAACUCCAGCUCAUCCCGCAGGAUUGUAUGCUCUGUAUGCUAAUUGCUUGGCUGGGAAUGUGGUGGAACAGCUCUGGAGUUUUGCCUGGCCUGCUUCCAUUGCUUUGCUCCAUCCAAGUCUUCUUCCUGUUGCUGUGAUUGGUUUUUUCAGUAAGCUUGCAGUGAUUGUUGGAGGUCCGUUAGUUGGAAAGCUCAUGGAUCAUUUUCCCAGAAUACCUGCAUAUAACUAUUUGACAAUUGCUCAGGCAGCUGCUCAGUUGUUGUCUAUAGGAAUGAUUAUUUUUGCUCACACUAUUUGUCCCACAUCAACAUCAUCUAUUCUUCUCCGGCCUUGGUUUGUUAUACUUGUCACGGCUGGGGCAGCAGAGAGAUUAUCUGGAUUGGCCUUGGGAGUUGCAAUGGAGCGUGACUGGGUUGUUCUGUUAGCAGGAACUAAUCGGCCAAUUGCUCUUGCGCAAGCUAAUGCUAUCAUUAGCCGAAUUGAUCUCCUUUGCGAGAUUGCAGGAGCUUCAGUAUUUGGUAUUCUUCUGUCUAAAUAUCCUCUGGUUGCCUGCUUAAAGCUUGCUGCUGGUUUGAUUAUAUCUGCUCUGCCGAUUACGGUGUUCCUCACAUGGUUAACCAACAAGCUAUCUGCUGGUGUUCUUGAACGCCCUAAACCUCCAAGUUGUGGCCGAAAUUCUAGUAUUGAAUCUUUGACAGAUGAUGAGAAUAUAGUGUACAAGAGUUUGCAAGCUAUCAAGCAUGGAUUGGUUGAAUACUUGAAGCAACCUGUUCUUCCAGCUAGCCUAGCAUAUGUGCUACUCUGCUUCAAUGGUGUUCUUGCUCCCAGUGAAUUAAUGACAGCAUUCUUAACUCAGCAAGGUUUAAAUCCAUCUAUUAUUGGAGGCUUCAGUGGGUUAUGUGCUUUUAUGGGGGUAGCAGCAACUUUUGUUUCAGCAAGCCUGGUCAAGCGAUUGGGCAUUUUGAAGGCUGGAGCUGCUGGACUGAUUUUUCAAGCUUGUCUUCUUACCAUAGCAAUUGCUGCUUAUUGGACUGGAUCUAUUUCUCAGCAGACACCACUUCUUUUCUUCUUAUUUAUGAUUAUACUUUCAAGAUUGGGGCAUAUGUCAUAUGAUAUUGUUGGCCAACAAAUUCUGCAAACUGGAAUUCCAGAAUCCAAAGCAAAUCUUAUUGGGACGACAGAGGUUUCUGUUGCAAGUUUGGCAGAGUCUGUAAUGUUAGGGGUAGCUAUAAUUGCAAAUGAUGCUUCACAUUUUGGGUUCCUAGCAACACUUUCAUUUCUAUCAGUGGUCGGGGCCGCAUGGUUGUUUUGUAAAUGGUUGGUAAAUCCUACUGAUACGCAAAGGAGCCUUCUCUCAUAUGACCUAAAGUUUUGACAUGUACAAUACAAUAGGAACAAGUUGACUGAAAUCCAACCUUAUAUACCCUAUUUUGGGGGAUGGAAUCUUUAUUGAGGCAUGCACAAGGUAUACCUUCCCAAAGAACUUGGCAGUUUUGGUAAAAUAGUAUACUGUUCAUGUAGAGUUGAUGAUAAAUUUUUGUACUGUAUACUUGUGAUGUCAACUCUGACAUUCAACCAUCCAUACCUCCUUUCCCCCAUAUCAAGAAGAAAAAUGGAUUUCAAACAAAGAUGACUUGAGUUGUACAUAGACCUAAUACUUUGUAAAUAUUCAUUUGUCAGAUAGUGUUUCAUUGACACUUGUGAUAACUAAUUCUUGCUCUUGAUUCCUGUAACA